CGUCCGCAUCCAGAAACAUAACUGAUCACCCCAACAUCCCAUAUAAAACAGGGGAGGCCUCUCCACCUCUUUCACAUCCCGAGCUCCUCUCCUUCCCAAUCGCGUGAUCGAUCGCCUCCGCCUUUUCCGCGAGCCUCUUCUUCCCCGAUCAUGGAGCAGACUUUCAUCAUGAUCAAGCCCGACGGCGUCCAGAGAGGCCUGGUAAGUCCCAUUCCCCGUCUCUACACGGAACAACCCCUACGUGCUUGUCUGAAUCUGGCGAUCGGUUUCUGCUCCGGGUUACUGGAACCAUCUCUAAUCAUUGGUUUCGUGUUUGCAAUUUCUCUUCUGCAGAUUGGGGAUAUCAUCAGCCGAUUUGAGAAGAAAGGGUACUACUUGAAGGCGAUGAAGUUUAUGAAUGUGGAGAAAUCCUUCGCGCAGCAGCACUAUGCCGAUCUCUCUGCCCAGCCCUUCUUUGCCAAGUUGGUGGAUUACAUCAUUUCCGGCCCUGUUGUGGCCAUGGUGUGGGAGGGGAAGGAUGUUGUCUUGACUGGCCGAAGGAUCAUCGGGGCCACCAGGCCCUGGGAGGCAGCUCCUGGCACCAUCCGUGGUGACCAUGCUGUGGAGGUUAGCAGGAAUGUAAUUCAUGGAAGUGAUUCUGUGGAGAACGGAAAGAAGGAGAUCGCUCUGUGGUUCCCAGGAGGCUUGGCCGAAUGGAAGAGCAACCUCCACCCUUGGAUCUACGAGAACUGAACUCACACGAUCAUCUACUUCUACUUGUUGAUGAUGCCUCGUUUCUUCAGAAUUCGAGCUUGUCCCGGUCUGGCUAUCCGAGUCGAUGAUUAGAUUUCGUGCUGUGUGAUGAUGUUAAUAACCGAACUGAAUGUGUUGCCUGAACCUAUAUGGCUUUUGCGUUUCCUUUGAUGUAACUGUAACUGCUGCCACCUCACUACCUCAGUGCAGUUUUCUGAAAUAAGAUAAACCUAGCAUGGGAGUUUAA